AUGACUGCCUACGCGACGCGCGCUCCGCUUCAACUGAUUGAGAAUCCACAUAUAAUGAGUGAUGCGCAAAGGCAGGGACGAAGGACCAGCUCGAGAUUGGCGGAGAAAGAGGAUGUCAUACCGAAUGGCUUACAUCACGAUUACGGAUCGGUAAAACAUAACCAAAAGCCUUCCACAGUCGGGAGAGGUACCAAAGCCGCAACGAAUGGGAAGACUGCGAUGAAGAGAAAACCUGCAUAUGACGAAGAAGACGAAGGUUUUGCUUUCACGAGGACACGAUCAAAGAAAGCUAAAGCUGAACCACCUCAACCAUCGAUAGCAGAAGAGCAGGCGCCAAAACAAAUAGAACCAACCACGCAGAGGCAGCCAAGAAAGCGGCCGGAAGAUCGAUCAAGUGUUGGAGCGCAGGUGUCGGAGCCUAUUAAAUCCACCCGCAGAGGCACUCGGAACGGUAGCGGUGAACAACAAGAGGAGGACCCACCUCAAUUAGCAGUCAAGAAGAGGAGGAAGAGAGGAUCAGACGGGUCGAAAACCUCCAAGGAAACUCAAGCACAGCUGGACGAUGGAUCUCUAAAGCAAGACCUGCAACAGGAUCAUACACAACCAAUACAGAUUGAUUCUGACUCGACGAAGAUAGCUCUCCCGUUUGCAGAUACGCCAAUAAUACGGCGGAACAAACAGAUGCGGCGAGAUGCAAGUAGCGGGAGUCGACGCAGCAGCCUAGGUAUGAGAGGUCGAAGGGCGAGCUCUUUAAUAGAUACUGGCAAAUCGAAUGCCCUUCCUCAUGAAGAGGUCGAAAGCUCUCAAUUCUACAAACAUAUUGAAAGUGAAGGUCUCAGUGAGCCACGGCGAAUGAAGCAGCUCCUUACGUGGUGUGGGACGAGAGCUUUGGGCGAGAAACCUUCUUUUGGUGACAAGGAAAGGGAUGCUGUUUUGGCAGCACGAGAGAUUCAGUCUCAGUUACUGAAAGACUUCUCCGCAAAAUCGGGGCUGUCAGAUUGGUUCAGCAGGGAUGAUGCACCUCGAGCACCAUCACCACCGAAGCCCAAUCCUAAAAACAUUGCAAAUGAAUCAAAGAUCAAAGAAUUGGAAGACCGAUUAACACGACUUAAAAGUGAGCACGACGCUUACAACGAGCUUCUGAAACCUCAUCCUUUGGCAAACGCCGUCCUGCCACCUCCCACUUCAGCUUCGGAUCCUACAACACUCGAUUUGUCCCUGCUACCACCAUCGCAGCGACCGCACCUAGAGUCCCUCCUCUCUUCACAAGCUUCUUCUACAGCUCCAACAUCCUCGGCUCCCCGCCGGCUUCAGUCGGUUCUCUCAAAUUUGGAGCCCACGCUUGACACUUUUGCCGUAUCUGUGCAUGCGCUGAGAUCUUACAAAGAGGUUGCAAGUGAUCUAGCGGACAACAUGCUGGAGAAGUGUACCACUAUACUCGAAGAUAGGGACAGAGAAUGUGUAAAAAGAGCAAACGACGGAGAAGGAGGUGAGGGAACACGAGAAGUCCUCAGGGGACUGAGCAGGGUACUAGAAGAGCGGUAA